GAGGGCAGGGCGGAAGUGAGGCUGGCUCCUUGAAGCUUCCCCUUUCCUGCCCCGGGUUCCUUCCCUCACAGCGAUUCUGAGAAGAAGGGGACCAUGGCCCCCCGAGCCGCCCUUGUCCGCCAGACCUGCUGUUGUUUCAAUGUCCGGAUUGCCACCUCGGCCCUGGCCAUCUAUCAUGUGAUCAUGAGCAUCUUGCUGUUCAUCGAGCACUCGGUGGAGGUGGCUCAUGGCAAAGGCUCCUGCAGGUUCUCCAAGACUCUGUAUCUCAGGAUCGCCAAUGUGAUCUCCAGCUUCCUGCUCAUCCUGAUGCUGUUUCUCAUUAGCCUGAGUCUGCUGAUCGGCGUGGUCAAGAGCCGGGAGAGGUGCCUGCUGCCCUUCCUAUCCCUACAAGUCAUGGACUUCCUGCUCUGCGUGCUCACGCUGCUGGGCUCCUACGUCGAGCUGCCUGCCUAUCUCAAGUUCGUCUCCCGGACCCAGCCGGGACAUUCCAGGGUUCCAAUGAUGACCUUGAAGCUGAUGGACUUUUGCCUGAGCAUCCUGACCCUCUUCAGUUCCUACAUGGAAGUGCCCACCUAUCUCAACUUCAAUUCCAUGAACCACAUGAAUUAUUUCCCGAGACAGGAGGACAUGUCUCAGAGCCAGUUUGUCAAAAUGAUGAUCAUCUUUUCCAUCGCCUUCAUUGCGAUUCUCAUCCUCAAGGUCUACAUGUUCAAGUGCGUGUGGCGAUGCUACCAGCUCAUCAAGCACAUGAACGCGGAGGCCGAGAGGAGCAGUUCCAAGAUGAGUUCCAAGGUGGCCCUGCCAACCUACGAGGAAGCCCUGUCUCUGCCCUCCAAGUCUCCAGAGGGGAAUCCGGCUCCGCCCCCAUACUCAGAGGUGUGACCAGGCCAGGCCCCAGCCCUGGAGCUGGGAGGGGCCCCGUGCUCCACAGCUGCUGCUUUGCUUUGGUGGGGUGGCCGCCUAGCUAAUUACAGGACCAUCUGCUGUGUACCCCUCUCCGGCUCACUCACAGUUGGGUCCCCUUCAGCUGAAUGGCUCUUCAAAAUGUUCCAAAAAAAAA